AUAAAAGACGUAUUUUCCAUAUUUUGUGGACGCUAUCUCAAACAUAAACAAGUAUCUGAAGACAGGGUCAACUGCUGAAGCUGUAACAAUCUAGUGUAGCAUUGUGACCAUCAAGGAAAUGUUGCUGUGUUUUCUACUGGGAUUGGUGUGCCUAUCGACGAUUUCUGCCACAGGUUCCGAUGAAGAAGCCGAUGCUUAUUUUCCUGCUAGCGAAUGGUCCGAUACUUUUGACUGGAAACUGCUCAAGGCAUUUUCCACCCCCAACAGCCGCAAUGUCUUGAUAUCACCUAUCGGGCUGAAAGUGGUGCUAGCCCUGCUGUAUGAGGGUUCCGGUGGCCUGACUGAGAAAGAGUUUCAAAACGUUUUGCAAUUUCCGAUCGAAAAGUCAAAAAUGAGAGAACAGUUUAAAAAUAUUUCCAAAGCUCUGCAGCCGAGCGAACGGAGUCAGUACAUUUUGAAUUUAGGGACCCGAAUUUUCUUAGAUUCUCGGGUAACACCGCAGCAGAAUUUCGCUGCGAAGGCGCUAGAUGGUUACAGAACAGAUAUAGAACCAACGAAUUAUUCCCAACCCAUUGAAGCUAGUCAAACGAUCAACUCUUGGAUUGAUAAGUUAACUAAUGGAAAGGUUUCUCGUUUGGUCGCGCCAGGUGAUCUCGAAGACGCGAUUAUGAUUAUCGCUAAUGCCAUUUAUUUCAAGGGUACUUGGCGCCAUCAGUUCCCCAAAAACAAUACAGCACUUGGUGGUUUUUACGUAUCUCCUAACGAGAUACUAACUGUGCCUUACAUGACCACGACUGAUGCUUUCUACUACUUUGAAUCAAACGAGUUAGAUGCCAAAAUUCUAAGACUGCCAUACAAGGGACAAAACUACGCUCUCUUUGUCGUACUGCCAAACUCCAAAGCAGGACUUUCGGAUCUUAUGAAAAAAGUUAACUUACACGUUCUCAAGAAACAACUCUACAUGUUAGACAAAGUGCCAGUUGAGGUGCGGCUGCCAAAAUUCAAGUUCAACUUCCAGGCUAGAUACAUGAAAAUUCUGCAGGACUUCGGUUUGACCCAAAUGUUCCAAAACACUGCAAGUUUCCCUGGAAUCGCUCGGGGAAACAUCCCGCAUUUGCUCCGCAUGCUGGUGGUUUCGGACAUUAUUCAAAAGACUGGGAUUGAACUUGACGAAGAGGGAAGCGUUGUUUACGCAGCCACACACGUCCAAGUGGGGAACAAAUUUGCGGAGGUUGAUUAUGUGUUCAACGCGACACACCCUUUCAUGUUCUUCUUGGAGGAGCAGACAAGUGGCACAAUUCUAUUCGUUGGCAAAGUGGAAAACCCUCUGGAAACCGUAGGUGUGCCCUUACCGCCCAGGUUUGGUAGUAACCAAGGUCUUGAAUCCACUUUGUCUGCUAGUCCAAAUUUGCAGCCCGCAAACCCAGAACGGGACGCUGUAAUUAGGAGGUUUAAUUAUUUCGACUUAGAAUUAUUAAAAGAAUUUAGUGAAUCGCCUGGAAACGUAUUCAUAUCACCUGCCAGUAUCAAAACAACAUUGGCUCUAAUUUUAGAAGGCGCCAAAGGACAGAGCGCUCGAGAAAUCGGAAAUGCGUUGAGAAUUGACGACAUUGAGCAAAAGGAAAUUCGAGAGAUUUUAAGCAGACUGCUGUUUGAUUUGAAAGAUAGCACCGGUAAUACUGUUUUGGAGUCGGCCAGUUCCAUCUUCGUUUCAAACAAAUAUAAUGUGGUUCCUGAGUUUGAGAAAAAAGUGAUUACGUAUUACAACGGUUUGAUUAAACACCUCGACUUUUCAAAUCCGAAUCUAGCGGCAAAAAUAAUCAAUUCGUGGGUCUCUAACGCCACUCAUGGUUUGAUCGACCAAAUUGUGGGAAAUCAACAUUUGAGCCCUGAUACCGCGUUGCUGCUAACCAACGCGUUGUACUUCAAGGGAAAAUGGAAAACUGAGUUUAAUCCAAACGGUACCAAAGAAAAAUGUUUCUUUUCGCCAACGCGUAAUUGUGUGAGCACGCCCCUGAUGCAAGUCACUAGUACCUUCAAUUACAAUUUCAACAUCGACUUGAACGCACAUGCCAUAGAACUGCCGUACCAGGAUGACAAAUACGCGAUGUUAAUUCUGUUCCCAACUAAUGGUAACAAUGUCAGGACUUUGGCACGGGAUAUGCAACAUGCUCAAUUACACAUGGUUAUAGACGCUCUCAAACCGACCGAUUUAAUCCUCGAAAUUCCCAAGUUCGAGAUCGACUACGAGACCGACUUGGUCAGUUUUUUGCGACCCCUAAAAAUCCAGGAAAUUUUCCAAGCAAACGCCAACUUGACCGGAAUGGUCGCGCAGGAGAAAGUCAAAAUCAGCAACAUAGUGCAUAAAACUAAAGUUCAGGUCAACGAACAAGGCACUAGGGCCGCCGCUGUCACCACUGCUGUGGUCAUUCCGCUAAUGGGCUCGACUGCACAAAGAAUAGUGGUGGACCAGCCGUUCAUCUUCUUCAUUUAUCACAGGGAAUCGAGGAACAUUAUUUUCGAGGGACUCUUCGUCGAACCUGGCGCACCAAAGACUGCUCCAAAUACCAACCGGUAUUACUCGCAAGUGCCACAAAGGAGUGGUGUCAACUACCAACGACGUGACUUUAAUUAUCAAAGAUCGAACAAUCGCUACCAGUAAUUCGAAGACUUUGGCGGAAAUAGUCUAGUUGCGCAAUACUCUGAAUGAGAUUCAAAUUUUGUUUUUAUUUUUAAUACACGAUUCCUAAUAA